CAAAACUGUUGUCGCGUCGCAAGGGUCAAGUGCCUAUGGAACCUCUCUAAUUAUACAACACUUUCCCGUGGAACUUGAGACACAAAUAUAAACUGUUUAGAUCACUGUUGGUUGAUAACUCCUGCUACACACUAUGUCGUGGUCUCCUCAGCCCGAGAUCUUGGAGCAACUCCGCCUGGUGUUCCUCAAUUCAUUAUCGCCUGAUAACACCCUGCGUGGAUUGGCUACGAAGACUCUCGAAGAAGCUCGUCGUACUCAGCGAGAUCUGAACAACUAUCUUGUCAACAUCUUUGUUACUCCUACCAGCGAUGCCGAAAUUCAUCUGCGUGCCUCCGCAGGCAUCAUGCUCAAGAACAAUGUUUUGGCACAGUACGACGCCAUUUCCAGAGAGCCGGCAGUUAUUGAAUAUAUUAAGGAGAACAUUGUCAUCGGACUCUCGCAACCAGUAGCUAUGAUCCGCAACAUCGCGGGUUCCGUGGUUAGUGCUGUGGUUAGCAAAGGCUCCUUUCAAAGCUGGCCCGAUAUUCUUCCGAAGCUCAUGGCUAUGACGAACCAUGACAAUACAGUUGUUCAAGAAGGUGCUCUUAGUGCUUUGGCUAAACUAUUCGAGGACUCGGGUUCUGAAUUAGAUAGUGAUCCGGAAGGCCAGCGUGUGUUGUCCUUCAUGAUCCCCCGCUUCAUCGAGCUUGCACGUUCGCCAUCGCCUAAGGUCAGAAGUCUAUGUAUCGUGUGUCUCAACCAGUUCAUCCUGAGAAUGUCGCAGGCUCUGUUUGUGCACAUCGAUGCUUUUCUCACUACUCUGUUCCAGCUGGCUGUGGAUACUGAUCCAGAUGUGCGGAAAAAUAUUUGCACGGCAUUUGUUAUGCUUCUUGAUGUACGAGAGGAAAAAUUGGUGCCACAUCUAGAAGGGAUCGUCAAUUACUCACUACACUGCAUGGGUGACGAUGAUGAACAGGUUGCUCUGGAGGCUUGUGAGUUUCUGCUUGGGUUGGCAGAACAUGAUAGAUUGCGGAACCAAGUUUCUGCUUUCUUACCAAAAAUAUUACCUGUUCUGUUUAGAUGUAUGGUCUAUUCUGAGCAGGACAUCCUGCGUUUUGAGAGCAUGGCAGAGGAUGACGCUAGAAUGGAAGACAAGGCUACCGAUAUUCGGCCAACGCAUGCUAAAUCACGCAACGCUCACAAUGCCAGCCACUUCUCAGCUGAAAACAACAAAUCAGGGAAUGGAACCGGUAAUGACGACGGCGAGUUUGACGAUGAUGAUGACGACGAUGAAGAUGAAGAUGAUGACGACUACAGUAUGGAUAUAUCAGACUGGAACUUACGAAAAUGCUCAGCUGCAGCGCUCGACAUCUUUGCGAGCAGUUACCAUGAGCGGAUUCUAGAGUUUAGUCUCCCCACUUUGAAGCAGAAUCUUGUUUCUCAUGAAUGGCCGGUUCGCGAAGCUGCUAUUCUUGCAUAUGGCGCAAUUGCCGAAGGAUGCGUGGAUGGAAUGUCACCUUUCCUUCCUGAAGUAAUCCCAUACUUUGUACAAGCGUUGGGCGAUCCAGUGGCUCCGAUCCGACAAAUCACUUGCUGGACCCUUGGUCGUUACAGCAGCUGGAUCUGCUACCGCUCAGCAGAUAUUGGCUACGAACAAGAGUUCAUUCCCGUUUUGACUGGGCUAUUGAAGUGUUGUCUGGAUAACAACAAGAAGGUUCAGGAAGCAGGAUGCAGCGGAUUCGCAAACUUUGCGGACCAAGCCGGUGGUCUGCUAGUUCCAUAUCUGAUGUACAUUUUGCAAAACCUUACGCUCUGCUUUCUCAAAUAUCAAAGCAAAAACCUGGCCAUUCUUUAUGACGCUGUCCAGACUUUGGUAGACAAAGUCGGAUACGCAAUGAAGAGCAAAGAGUAUAUCGAUCUCCUGCUACCACCUCUGAUAGAACGGUGGCAGAAACUCAGUGAUGAUGACACUGAUCUGUUCCCACUGCUCGAAUGUCUUUCCUCGGUGACGGCGGCCCUUGGAGAGCAUUUUGCUCCCUACGCUGAACCAGUCUUCCAGCGUGCUGUCAAGAUCCUUCACGAUAAUCUUGUGAUGGCCCAGGAGGCUUCUAAUGAUCCUACUCUUGACAGUCCAGACAAGGACUUCAUAGUCACCGCCUUGGAUCUACUAGACGGCUUAGUGCAGGGUCUGGGAUCGCUUUCCGUCGGGCUCGUCAACCAAUCACAGUACCCAUUAAUGCAAAUGAUUCUUGCUUGCUUGAAUGAUCCUGUUCACGAAGUUCGGCAAAGUGCGUUUGCACUUCUGGGAGAUAUGGCUAUUGGGUCUUUUGACGUAAUUAAAGCAUACAUCCCUGCUAUCAUGACAGAGUUGAUCCCGCAGAUCGAUUCAGGUGAUCCAAGCUGCUCUGCAGUUUGCAAUAAUGCAACUUGGGCGGCUGGCGAAAUCGCGCUCAAACUCGGAGAAGAUGUACGGCCAUAUGUUGCCCCACUUAUGGAAAAGCUGGUGGUUGUGGUGGCCGUUAAUGGAUAUGUCGAGCAGACGAUUGUCGAAAAUGCUGCAAUCACAAUUGGACGACUAGGAAUAUCGUGUCCGGACGUUAUUGCGCCCCGUCUGGAAACUUUUGCCGCUUACUGGUGCAAGGCUCUUCGAAUUAUCCGCGAUACUGACGAGAAAGAGAGUGCAUUCAAAGGAAUGUGCAAGAUAGUAGUUGUGAAUCCUAAUGGUCUACAGGGCUGUCUGCCGGAAUUUAUCGAGGCGAUAGGGAUGUAUACCGAGCCGUCGGAUGAGCUUCUGCACAUGUUCUCGACAAUAUUGAGCGGGUACAGGGGCUUAGUUGGAGAUUGGGAUCAAGUGAUCAUGAGUCAGAUCUCCGAUGAAGUAAGGCAAACGCUGAGGGAUAGAUACGAUGUAUGAGUUACGAUCGAGUAAAGAUGAAAAAAGUUGAUAACUUUGAAUUCUUUGUUGAGAUAGUUUAUAUAGAUAUCAAUCGCAAAUAGCUGUUCUUCGUACGAGAAUUUAUAGAACAAACAUUAAGAC